GCUGGAAGCUGCUGUAGGAUCCACCGAGAGUCACAAUGGGGAUAUUUUCAAGCAAGGAACAGACCGAGCCUGCUCCAUGCAGCCUGCUCACGGUGAAGAUCAUAAAGAUAAAAAAUCUUCGGAAAGCAGACCUGCUAACCCAAUCAGACUGCUAUGUGACUUUAUGGCUGCCAACUGCUUCGAUGAAAAAGGAAAAGACCCUCACUGUGAAGGAUAACAAAGACCCAGUGUGGAAUGAAAGUUUUCACUACAGAAUUCAGAAUCAAGUAAAGAACGUUCUAGAGCUCCAAGUGUAUGAUGAAGACAAACAUACGGAAGAUGAUCAUCUUAUCACUGUUUUCUUUGAUGUAUCUAAAAUCCAGCUUGGAGAAACAGUUCGCCUGAAUUUUCAACUGAAUCCAAAGGGUAAGGAGGAACUAGAAGUUGAAUUCAUGCUGGAAAGCAGCCCUGAUGUUCCAGAAAAGAUUGCUACUAAUGGAGUCUUAGUGUCUCGAGAAGUUGCCUGUUUAGAAGUUCAAGUGGAGAAGGGGAAAAUGAAGUGUGAUUCAACACAACGAAGAUUCAAUCUUUCAGUUGGUGGAUCCCAUGAAGGAACCGAGCAGCUCACAUUGCGCAACUGGCUUUGUCGUGCGUCUCCUGCUAAAUUUCACUAUGUCAAAUAUUUCCAGUCAGAACUGGACAUUGAACUCCCAAGGUGGCUCUGUUCGGCUUCUGGGGAAUCGAAUGAGUCGAAAAGCAUCCCCCUGAAUUCACUUCCAAUACAAGAGAAUGUGACGGUAGCACCGAACAAAACAUUUGAGUUGGAUGUGAAAUCAAAAGAUUGGACUCAAGGCUGGCUGUGGAAAAGACCAAAACAGCUUGAUGUGAGACUAGACUAUGAUCUGUGCUCAGAGGAAAAGAGUUUCCUGCAGAAACGGAAGAAAGUGGUGGCCACUGCUCUGAAAGGUGUUCUUCAGUUAGAGCACAGCCUACAAGAGAAUGAAGUGCCCGUCAUUGCUAUGACAACUACAGGGGGUGGGAUGAGAGCGCUGACAGCUAUGUAUGGCAGCCUUUGGGGUCUCCAGAGGCUGAAGCUUUUGGACUGUAUUUCAUAUAUCACUGGCUCUUCGGGUGCUACAUGGACCAUGACAAAGUUGUAUGAAGAUGCUGAUUGGUCAAACAAAGACCUUGGGGAGAUAAUCAAGCAAGCUCGGAAGCAAGCUGCCAAAUCUAAAAUGAGUGCCUUUUCCUUGGAAAGUUUAAAGAACUACCACAAGGAGCUAUGCCAGAGGACAGUUGCAGGAUACAAGACAUCCUUCAUAGAUCUUUGGGGGCUCAUGAUUGAAGCCAUGCUGAAUGAUGGGAACAACAAUCAUAGACUCUCAGAUCAGCGAAAGGCAGUGAACCAAGGUCAGAACCCUCUGCCUAUCUACCUAGCACUCAAUGUUAAAGACAAAAUCACCACAAGAGAUUUUAGGGAGUGGGUGGAAUUCACACCCUAUGAGGUGGGAUUCCCCAAAUAUGGAGCCUUUGUUCAUGCCGAAGAUUUUGGAAGCCAGUUUUACAUGGGACACUUGAUGAAGAAGCUCCCAGAAUCAAGGAUCUGUUUCAUGCAAGGGAUGUGGAGUAGUAUAUUUUCCAAGAAUCUACUGGAUGCCUGGCAUGCAGCUGACAAUUCAGAGGACUUCUGGAAUAGAUGGACCCAAGAUACUAUCACUGAAAUUGAGGAAGAACCUGAUUUACCAGAGAAACCCCAUGAGAUGCCAACUUGCACGUUCACUCCUGCAGGAGGCCUUUCUAGUGCCCUGCGGGGCAUUUUAACAGACCGUCCAGCAGUAUCAAAGUAUGACAAUUUCUUAAAAGGAUUCCAAAUGCACAAUGAAUACUCCCAGCAUCGACGAUUUUCUAAAUGGAAAGACACUGUUCUUGAUUCUACCCCUAAUCAACUACGAGACCCUGAAGAAAACCUGGAAUUGAUUGAUACAGCUUUCUUCUUUGACACCAGUUGUCCACCUCUUCUGAGACCAGAGAGAAAAGCGGAUGUCAUCCUGCACUUCAACUAUACGGGGGGAUCACAAACCAAGCCUCUGGAGCAGGCUUCCACAUACUUCUCAGAGCAAGGAAUCCCAUUCCCCAAGACCCUGCUAAAUGAAGAAGAAAAGAAAAACUUAAAGGAAUGCUAUGUGUUUGAAGAUACAGACAACCCAGAUGCUCCCAUAGUGAUUUAUUUCCCACUAGUGAAUGACUCCUUUCAGAGAUAUGUUGCACCUGGAAUGGAACGAAGUGCAGCUGAAAUGUCACUGGGUAACAUCGAUCUCUCUAGUGCCUUUUCUCCAUAUUCUACAAGACAGGUCUCACUACAAGAGGAGGAUUUCAACAAGCUCUUGAAUCUAACGAAUCACAAUGUGCAGAAUAAUGCAAACACAAUCUUUCAUGCUUUACAAAAGGCAGUAGAAAGGAAGAAACAGAUGCAGUCUUCGCAGACAUAA